AUGUCGAUCGAAUCAGAGUCAGCUAAAUUAUUGCAGCAAAGUAGGAUUCAAACAUUCCUUAAUAGCGAUGCUAGUUUAGAUGUACUAUUGACGAGAUUAAAGCAAAGUAUAAGUACCGGUGAAGAGUUUGCUAAAUACAUCAAAAAGAAGGCGGUCAUAGAAGACGACCACUAUAAUCAAUUGAAGAAGUUUGCAUCUAGUACACGGAUGGGUAUGCAUAAUUCUAUAAAAUUGAAAAAUGAUUCAUUCAGUUCCAAAUUGGAUAAGAUUAUUGGGUUUGACGAGAGAUUAUUUGAUGUGGGAAGCUCUUAUGUUAAAGCUCUAAACGUUAUGUAUGACGAAUUAACUUCUUUGAUAAAUGCAGUCGCAAGGAAUAGAAAAGCGGUUAAAGAUGAAAGUAAAAGAAAGGAGAAGGAGUGCGCUGAUGCCAUUUCGGCAGCAGAAAAGUCUAAGCAGAAAUACUAUCACAUUUGUGAUGAUUUGGAGAAAUUAAAGGCAGACCCGAGCAAAAAGUCCUUCUCUUUAAAGAAUAAGAGUGUCGAGCAACAAGAAGAUGAGCUCCAACGCAAGGUUGACUCGGCGGAUCAAGAUUAUAAAUCUAAAGUCACGACCUGCAAGAAACUUAAAGAUGAAAUACUAAUGCUACAUAGACCAACGAGCUCCAAAAGAUUGAAAAAUUUAAUCCUCGAAAUGGAUAUAGCUAUGAGCGUCCAAUUACAAAAAUAUGCAACUUGGAACGAAACACUAAUAAUGAACUCAGGUGUUUUGGUAUGCCCAUUACAAGAAUCUAAACAAUCUAUGAAAUCAUUGGCAAGCUCAGUUGAUAACGAGAAAGAUUUGUACGACUACUUAAUCAAAAAGGAAAAGUCUCCUGCCAAUCGUGCAUUAGUUCCAGUUGAAUAUAAAGUUCAUCCAUCUUUGGCGAAGUCCCAGAAACCGAGUAAACCGUUUUUAAAUAAUACAAAAAGCAGCAACCAGCCAAACGCACCAACAGCCGUCACAAAUAAUUAUAGUAGUACAUCAACUAAUACUGAAACUGCAAACACUACUGGCCACAACCAAUUAACAACUUCGCCAAGCGAUUCAAAAUCUAAUUCACAAACACAGCAACACUUCAACCAAAUACAGAACAACCGUGGCCAAACACAAACAUAUGGUGAGAAAGAUAGCCCACCUGACGAGGUCCCUUAUAGCUCGCUAGACCCUGCAAGCAAUCCAAACACCCCAGAUUUGAAUGGCCCUAAAUCUAUGAACUCACAAAUUAAACAACCAACUUUUGGUGUGUCAAUUGAGGAUGUUAUUCGUUAUGCGGGAAUUGAUAAUGUACCUCUUGUCGUCAAAAAAUGUAUUGAUGUCAUUGAGGCCAAUGGUCUAGAUAUAGAAGGCAUAUACAGAACGAGUGGUAAUAAAUCGACAGUUGAUAAUUUGAAGGAUUCAAUUGAUCAAAACUUCACUAAUUAUUUAUCGAUAGGUAGUGAUAUUGACCCAAACAAUGUUAAAGAUGCUGAUAUAUAUUGUGUUACUUCACUAUUGAAGUUAUAUUUUGCUAGUUUACCUGAACCUUUAUUAACUAACGAAUAUUGUCAGUCCUUUAUCGAGACAGUCAAAUCGCUAGAUGAGACAUUCAUUGCUAAGAAAUUACAUCACUUGGUUUUUAAUCUUCCUGAUGGUGCAUAUUUCACCUUAAGAUCCUUAAUCUUUCAUUUGAAUAAAGUCGCAGCACAUCAAUCUCUUAAUAGAAUGACUUCCAAGAACCUUGCAAUAAUUUGGGGACCUGCAAUAUUAAAUGACAAUUCGUUAAGUCCCCAAGACCUUAGCUACAAGAGUAAAGUUGUGGAAGAGUUGAUGUUAAUUGCCACUGAUAUUUUUGAUACCGACGACUAA